CGUUUACAUAUACUUGAACUUGUGAAAAGGAGAAUAAACAGUUACAUACAAAGUUUGAGGAAAUUUAAAAGGUGUUCAAACGUAAGUGUAUCUUGUGUAUUUCUCCAGUGUUUCUGGGGCCUAAUCUCUAUGCAACAUUCAUAUCUCAGCAUAUCAAGUGGUGCAGACUGUUAUAUCACAAUUUAAUCAAACAGUGGCAGUCAUCACUAACAGAGCGCCACAGUAAGAGUGUUGUUUUUUCUGCAGGUUGUUGUUGUUAUCGCGAGGAAGAGGUGAAGCGAAGCCAGUGAGUGUCUUUCCACGUCGACGCUCCCACGGCGACACGGGAAGACGGCAUCUGCAGCUUGUGCGUGCUAACGUGAGGUAGACUCUUGGUUUGCCUUUUAUUGGACGCGUGCUCCCGUGAGCGCGACCCGGUUUCCUCCGCGUCGACGACGCAGCUCGUCCGUCGCACAUCUGUGGCCGCUGGAAUCGCGUUUCAGCACCUGGACAGCUCCCGCUCCCCAGCCUCCUUGCUCCGGUCGGGCACAUGGUGUCCCUGGCGUGAUCGUGGGGGAAGCCCCGCGAAGACGCGAUGCAUCCCUAAGAUGUCGUUAUCUCCCCUCAGCCACUGACAGCCACGUCGCCUCCGCUGAAGGAUGCUGCCUUUAAUUCGGCGUUGGUGGUUUCGUCGUGCGCUGUCUUCUGAAAGGCGAUACGGGUCCUUGGCCAACGCGUAUUUAAGGGGAAUUGCAGCCUACACACAGCAAGAUCCGAGCGUCCCUCGCACCGAUCCUCACCACCACCACCAUCAUCAUCAUCAGCAUCGGCGAUGAGGACGCUACUACCAUCAUCACUGCGAGGGCAAAGGAGUCACGACCGCACUUUGCACAAUGUAGAGCUGGGAAACGCCGGAGGUGUGCUCGGAGCCGGGACUGCGCUGUGGUGAAGCCCCUCUCACACGUGGCGCCCUUUCCUGUGGAUGUUUGCUCACAACAGCAAGACCCUCAACAUGAGCAACCUCCAGGCUGCUCCCAAGGCCGGGGCCUCAGAGUUGGAGGUGAUCUCCCAGCAGGUGGAGGAGGACAGUCAGUGUGUGGCCCCCGUCCAGCUGCUCAGCUUCUACAGAGACUUGCCUUUGGCCGCUCUGGACAUCUCCCUCCCCGGGUCGCAGCUCAUCUCCAACCCAGACGAAGAGGACAACAGAGACGGGUCCAACUGCCUGAAGCCCUGCUGUGGACGGCGCGCGGCGCUGUGGCAGGUGUGUCUGCUGUCGGCCGGCUUCAACUGCUUCCUGGUGGCCUGCGUCGUCCUGGUGGUGGUGCUGCUGACGCUGGAGCUGCUCAUCGACGCCAAGCUGCUGCAGUUUUCCAACGCGCCCCAGUUCGCCAGCAUCAUCCACUGGAUCAGCCUGGGCGUCCUCUCCGUCUUCUUCACCGAGACUGUGUUCCGGAUCGUGGUGUUGGGGAUAUGGGAUUACAUCGAGAACAAAGUAGAGGUGUUUGACGGCGCCGUCAUCGUCCUCUCUCUGGCCCCCAUGGUGGCCUCCACAGUGGCCAACGGCCCCAGCAGCCCCUGGGACGCCAUCGGCCUCAUCGUCACCCUGCGAAUCUGGAGGGUCAAAAGGAUCAUUGAUGCCUAUGUGCUGCAAGUGAAGGUGGAGAUGGAGAUGGAGAUCCAGCAGUGCGAGAAGGCCAAGGCAGUGAGGGAUGAACAGCUGGACCGCCUUACCCAGAUCUGCCAGGAACAGGCGUUUGAAAUCAGGCAGCUGAGGGCCCACCUGGCGCAGCAAGACCUGGAUCUGGUAGCUGAGCGGGAAGCGGCCAUGCAGAUCCACCACAUGUGGGGCAAACAGAACAGCAGCUUCCAGGAGGUGGACGGACUGGGCCCUGGGGCCUCCGAGCAUAACGGCCCGGCCAAAGCCAGGGAGCCCGGUGGACCCGCAGGUCACCACGGCCAGGAUGACAUGAACAACUACAUCAGCCAGUACUACAGCGAGCCCAGCAGCGAUAUGGGCAUCCCCGACCCCGCGCGCGUCAUCACCACGGCGGCCAUAGACGUGCACCGGCCCAACAACCCCAGCCAGCCGCUCUCCUCGCUGGCCAGCGCCGACGCGGCGCCGUCGGGCCGCCUGCGGCGCACCGGCAGCUCGCUCAGCGAGGCCUCCACCACCACGGCGUCCCGCAGCAGCUUCAGCGCGCGCCAGCACAGCGCCAGCAGCCACACGCUGGGCUCCAGCACGGACUGCAGCUCCACCGUGCGUGAGGCCUCCACCUCCACGGACUUCAGCGACCAGCGCUGCUACCCCCCGCCCUACAGCAGCCCGCUGGCCGUGGGCGCCCAGCGCGGGAGCCCCAGCGCCGUGGUGCAGGAGCUGCUCUCGUCUCUGUCCGAGGAGUCGUGUCUCACCCAGAAGGGCCUGGACCCCGUCAACCUUAAACCGCCCAGUCCGACGGGCUCCACCAAAACCAGCCCCGAGCUGGAGCACAGGGUCAACAUCUACAACAAGAGGAAUCAGGAAAGCCGAGUGGGGCUGCACUCCAAGCCACUCAUCCAUCUACAGGCCAACGAGCCUCUUCUGGAGGAGAAGUACAGGAUGAUGGAGCCAGUAGACGCCACAGUCAAUCGACUGUCGGAGACAUAGAACUGCCUGACGUGUAAAAAUUCACAGCGCUCAGAUCAACUGCAAGAAUUAACACUCCUAUUAAACUCCUCGGUGGUUGGAAGUCACUGGCACAAACUAUACGUCGUCCUCUGUACUGUUGGAAACAGGAGUGUGACCUUGGCAGAGCAGCACAAACAACAAGGCAAACGUCAUCAGGAAAUAAACACAAAAAAAUAAGCGGUGAGGGGGACGAAAGCAAAAGAAACCAGCAUCAGGGCUCGAGGCCAUAUUCUGUGCAGAAUAUUUGGCUUUUGAUACGUUGUGGUUUGAUUUCUAGCAAGCGGUGUCAGUGAGGGGAUGGUGCUGAGGCCUGAGCGCCUCAAACACUUGGAGCUGGAGAUGCUGGACUGAUGAUGACAGAUGUGAUGAGUUCAGACUCGUCAGUCGAGUGUCUCCAAACUCAAAGAAAAGUCCUCUUUGAUGGACUGCUGCAGGGUAUAUUGGCUCAGUUUUAACUUCUUUGUAUCCUUUAUCUUUCUAUAAUAGAAAUGUCAACAUUUUUAUCUCAAUUCUUUGACUGAACAGAAUGAGGCAACGUUUUUGACCGAUUGAGUUUUAAUCCAGUUGUCACGACUGGAAGCUGACUACACGAGUCAGCGUUGACUGAGUGUUUGCAGCAUGUCCCUCAUGCACUUAAUGAUUAAGAAUCUACCUGCACAUGAUAGAUCUCAUAUCAUUCAGGUCUAAAAUACUACCUAUAAUAGUACCUUUUGUAAUAUUUGGAAGAUUUGUAAAUAUUGGAGUGAUUGUCAUGUCACAGGUAAAAAGAUGAGGGCCAAAAAAAUUAAGUGGAGCUAAAAUUAAAUGUUGCAAAUAAAACUAAAGCAUGAGCCUUUAAGGUUUGCCAAUUAAAUAUCACACUGUAAACAGUAAAUUCUUAUCUCAAUCAUGGAAAUAGGGCAUUUGCUGAAUUAACCCAAUAAAGGAAAACAUUAAAAAUAAA